GGAAAGAAAACAAACGAUGGGAGGCACAACAACAAACGCAAUUUACUUCAUGUCAGAAAGAUACUUGAACGGUUUCUAACAAGUUAUUUUGUUAGAAACUUGAGUUUCUUUGCAGUGAAUAGCUUGGCUGAUUGUUUUAAUACUGUGCCAGAGGGAUGUAGCAUCAUUUGGCAGAAAUUUUCAUCAUGGCUCCAUACAUUCAACCCAAGACACUCUAUACUCUCGCUCUGUCUCACAUUGGUAAUUCAGUACGAGAAGCAUGUGAUAGAAUCCAGUUCAAUUAUGGAACAUAUGACAAUCCUGAAAGUGUAAGUGAGGCAGCUAAGCUUCAAAAUUACUUACUUUCCAGUGUUCCUGGGAUGGUUGUAGAUGAACUUUGUGAAGAACAGAGAUUUCAUGAUGGACGUUUGGAUGUUAGAAUUAAGCUAGCUGUUUAUAUGCAUCCUCUAAUGAGAAAGUUCUCGAUUGCCCAUCGAUCUUGGGAGAUAAAGCAGGAUCUUGAUGAUUUCUGGAUUCAAAAAAUUCCCUCUUUGACACGCCUGGUUGUUUUGAGUCUUUAUCAUGUUGCCACUGAUGAGAUUAUUGAAGUAGUAAGCAACAACUGCCCACUGCUGGAGGAUAUAAACAUAGUAUCUAAAGUUGAAAAUGUUAGGAAUUCAACGGAAAGUGAGAACUUUAAUGCCAUGAAACUUAAAUUUUUUGUAUCUGAUGUGGGCUUAAAUCAUCUAGUCAAAUGUAAAAGAUUAAAAAUUAUUACUACUAACAAGACAAUUCGAUCGAACUGUGGUGGCAGGAUGAUGACACAUGAUGGCUUUCGUUCUCUUCUCCGGGGUUUACCAAAUUUGGAGAUGGUGAGGUAUGGUGAUUUAGGGUCUGUCAUUGCAACAGGAAUGGAAAAUGUUGGGGAACUUGCCUUAACUUAUGUAAGUGACAACCAUCCUGAUGCAAGUCACAUUGAGGCAACAUCCCGACUUUGCCCACAUUUGAAGCAUCUCAGCCUUUCUUUGCCACAUCAGGAGAGGUUUUCUGGUCCUGAUGCUAUGAGUGAAGAUGUUGCUAGGUCUCUCGCAAAUAGUGAUAUAAAACCAUCAAUACUUGAGCUGCAGCAUUUUACAUUUAAUGUUGAGGUUGCAAAUAUGUUUGCAGUGAAAGGAAUUCAUCUUUCAAGUUUGUUUUUGUGCUCUAUGAACACAAUUACAUCCAAGGAGGUAGUAAUAAUUGGUCAAAAUUGUCCCAAUGUUAAGAAUAUACACAUUAAAGGUUUAGGCACUGAGCCACUGCAGAGUAGCUUAGUGCGUUCAAUAUCUCAGCCUGAGCCUAUGUUCCAAAACUUGAAGUGCCUUUAUGUUUCAGGCAAAUCCUGGGACAUUGAAUAUAUCCUUAGGUUAUUUUUAGAAUAUGCAACAGAAUUGACUGGGCUGAAUGUCUGGAAUGCUUCAAUGUCUCCUGAAUCAGACAAAGCAUUGAGCAAAGUUAUACUACAGCUAAGCUUCAAUGAGCUAAAGAGUGCAAAUUUUUGUUAUGGUUGCCGUCUUUCAAUUGAAACUGUACGUACGUUUAUGUAUCGCUGUCCAAAACUAACUCAUCUCACAGUCUUUGAACAUGAAAAUCUUCAGACUGCUGAAAUAGAACAACUUCAGAAAGAAGCCUUAUCUAGAAAUUUUGAUAUUGAACUGCAACCUCUGCACAUAGGCUAAAUUAUCAAGGGAUUAAAAGGUUGUUCUUUACUCAGCUAUCUCUGUUCAUCUCUCUCAUACAAAUAAAAUUAAAUUGAGAUCAUUGAGUGAGACAUUGACUUAUAUUUGACAUCUAUUUGUGUUGAAAGAAAAUUUUAUGUUUUAACCUUGAGUCUUAUACUUUUGCUGUAUAUAAUUAAGCUCAAAAGUUAAGCAUGUCAUGUGAUAGUCAACAUCCUUGUUAUUCAAUUUUGUUAUUUUUUCAUUCUUUAUUUAUUGUUUUCUUCUUAGUCCCCAUUCUGCACAUAUUUUAGGUAAUUCUUGGGCAUUCUUCACUCUAAAACUAUCUACAGGUUUUUCAUGGUUUAUGAUUAUCUGAUUCUUUCAACAAAAACAAAAUAUUGGCUAUGAAUCCUAGAAAAACUAUACUUGGAUGUUGCCGAGGUUAUAAAAUUUUAGAUUUUGUGGUUCUAUUGUCUUUGAAAUCUAUGUAGUUCUAUCGGCAAUGUAAAAUUCAAUGAUAAUCAGUCAAAUUUUGUAUUUUACUUCCUGUAUCAAAUAGAAAAUAAUCAAGCAGUUUCUUGUUAUUCUAUUGAGAAAAAGAAAUAGAGCAUAAAUCAUA